GAAUUACUAAUCUGUUUAAUGUGAAGAAACUUUGCAAACAAAGCCUACCGUACUCUAUUUUUCUUUCUAUUGAUACAAAGAAGUUUUUUAGAUUAAACUCAAGCUCUUGAAUUGUCCUCAUGUCCACAGUUAACUGUUUCAAUUAUGUAUUAAUAAAUGUCGUUAAUAUAGAUACAUUUGCCCAUUAUGCUUGAGCAUAAGACACAGGUUGAACUAGUUCAAUUUAGUAUCUGAUUUGUUCACUCCAUAAAAUUAUUGCUAUUUGAAUUGUCAAUGAUUUUUGCAUAUUAGAAAAUCUUUGAGCACGAGGCUUAAUUUUCAAUGAAUAUUUGAAGAAUAAAUAAAACCAUAGUAAAAGGUUAUAAAUAUAUGUAUUCAUAGGUUAUCUUUUUACUAAACAACAAAAAAUAAAGAAUAGAAGUCAUUCGUUUUAAUUAGAGAUCUACAGAGUUACUUUAUCUUAUCUUACCCUGUAGUGUUUUGCGGGAACAGUUUUUCUCGAUUCCCGUGUCCCGUUCGUAUAGUGCUAUUAGAAUUCCUAUUACGACUUCCACUAACUUCUGUCACUAUCGAACUUAGCACGAUGUAAGGUGGCGUUAAGUUAAAAAUAAAAUUAUCAGUGGAGUUAUAUUUCAGUUAAAUACAUUAGUUAUUAUUUAUAAAUCGAAUUUGUCAACUCUAAGUUAAGAGAAUUCAUUUUCCUCAUCAAUGGAACAAUCGUAAAAAGAAAACAAAUAUUACUAUUACAUCAAUAGUAUUGAUGAAAAAACGACAUGAUUCAAGAGGAGAAGACUAAGAAAAUUCUAUAUUACAAGAUAAUUUGAAUAAUAAGUCUUUUGAACAUGAUAAUCACAAAGAAAAUGUGAUGGUUUUGAUAAUUAAACGAAUAAUCAAUGAACUCGUCGGAUUUUUGCCGAUUAGGAUUUGUUAUUCUCUUAUUAAAUAAUAAGCAAUGUGAAAGUCUUUGGAAGAAUGUCAAAAUGUAUUUCUCAACAGUGUAACACCAGAUUUACUUCGACAUUUCUUCUUUGAAAAAGCAAAGUUCUGAGAAUAUAUAAAUAAAAAAAAAGGUUUUGCGAAACGUCCAUUUUUUAUGAGGACUCCCGAUUAUUUCAGGAAAAAGCUCUUUCCUUGUAGGCCAUUAUUUAUCUGCGCAUCCAAAGUGUAAAUAAAAAAUUCGUUCUUUAUUGAUUUACUCGAUUGUCUUGACAUGGACAUUUCAUAAGUUAAAUGAUUCUCAUUUAGUUAAUCAUUUAAAUACAAAUCUGAGAAGAUGACAUUGAAAAAUAUCAAUUAUUAUAAUUUUUAAUAAAUGAUUCCGCUUAUAUUUAUUUUUAUAUUGAAAACAUACUUAUUUUUCGAAAAAUCGCAAGUUUUAUAUCAAUUGUAAUUUCUUUACAUAUAGAAAAUCAGAGAUACCAGUUCAAUAUCAACUAAUAACAAUGAUGAUGAUGAUGAAAAUGAUACUAAAGAAGAACAAAAUUCGCCAUCAUCUGAACCAAUAGCUUGUCAUUCUUCAUCGCAAAAACGAUCACAUUCACCAGAACCAGCAAUAAAUUCUGAUAAACAUAAGAACAUUAAAGUUGAACAAUCAGUAGCUGAUUCAAAGAAAAAAACGUCAACCGUCAUUGGACAUGUAUCAAUUAUUCGACCAGAACCAACAACAAUUCAUAAUCCACCACGUACACAUGAUUGGACAGUUUAUUUACGUUCUGCUGAUGUUCAUGGUGAUUUAAAUUGUCUUAUUCAACGUUGUAUAUUUUAUCUUCAUCCAGAAUAUCCCGAUCAUAGACGAGAAUUUAGAUCAACACCAUUUGCUAUCAAAGAAACUGGUUAUGCUGGUUUUCAUUUGCCAAUUGAUAUUUUUUUCAAAACAAGAAAAGAACCAAAAAAAUUUCGUAUUGAAUAUGAUCUUGAUUUACAUACGAAUGUUGAAGGUCAUCCACAUA